AACCCAUAAGGACUGAUUAGUCUAAGCCUAAAGUUCCUUGUAAGCUCUCUCUCUCUCUCUCUCUCUGCGCUUUAUUCUGUUCAAAUCCGCUGCUUUUACUUUGCCGUUUCACUGAGAACGAGGCUCACUCUCUCUCUCUCUCUCUCUCUCUCUCUCUCCAUCCUAGAAGAAGAAGAAGAAGCAGGACCAAGGAUAAAGCUUAAACCAGCGCACUCUCUCUUCAAAUCACUUUUGCUUUCUCUCUCCAAAGUCUUCCUCAUUGUCUUUGUCUGCUCACAAGAAUUGUUGUCUCUUCAACACCUUUUUCUGCUUAUUCCAAACCAUUCUCGUCUUCCUCUCUUAUUCUCUAAAGAACCAACCACAAAAAAAAAAGUCUUUUCUUUUGUCUCUCUUGGGAGAUUGAGAGUCUCAGAAAUUAAACCCAUUUCUUAAUCCCUGUCUCUUAGACAAAACCCUUAAUCCUACUCCAACUCUGUCUUUGCUUAGCUUCUGUCUGAUCUACUAAAGGAUGGGGAAAUAAGCCAAUUCUUUGUCAAUUUCGAAAAAUUUAUAUUUUUAAAACAGUGAUUCAACUAAAAACCCCAAAUUUGUUCGACAUUUUGAUUUGAUCUCUGUUGUCUCUUUGGGGGGGUUUUACGCUUUUGAAUGGAGUGAGCCUCUCUGUCCCAAGGAAAAAUCAAGAACAAACAUAUACAAAGAGUGAGUCAAACAAAGAGCAGCAAUGAGAGACGACAAAUCCAAGAAAAGCAAGUUGUCCUGGUCCAAGAAGAUGGUGAGGAAAUGGUUCAACAUCAAAAGCAAAACAGAAGAGUUUCAAGCAGAUGUUUCUGUUCCUCAAGCUGUUGAAGAAGUUAAGCACAGAAGUAGCUUCUCAGAGAAGGAGCCCUGCACAAUCAAGAAGAGCAAAGCUGAGAAACUCAAUAAGAGCUGGGAGCAGCAAGCUAGACAAAGGAGAAUGAACUAUGAAAAUCCCAGAAUCAUUGAUGUCCAAAACUACAGCAUCUUCGUAGCUACAUGGAACGUUGCUGGACGUUCUCCUCCUGCAGAUCUAAACCUUGACGAGUGGCUUCAUUCCUCAGCUCCUGCAGAUAUAUACGUACUGGGAUUCCAAGAGAUUGUUCCUCUUAAUGCCGGUAACGUUCUUGGAGCUGAAGACAAUGGUCCUGCCAAAAAAUGGCAUUCCCUCAUCAGGAAAACGCUCAAUAACCUCCCCGGGACAAGCGGCCUCUGUCACACGCCCUCGCCUAUCCCCGUCCCCAUUGCUGAGAUUGAUGCUGAUUUCUCAGGAUCUUCAAGGCAAAAGAACGCCACUUUCUUCAACAGACGGUCUUUCCAGACCCCGAGCAUAUGGAGAACGGAUGAGAAUGACCCUUCAGUACCACAGCCACGGCUCGACCGUCGUUUGAGCGUCUGUGAUCGCGUGUUCUUCAGUCACAGACCAAGUGAUUUCGACCCGAGCUUCAGGUGCAACCACAGGCCGAGUGAUUACUCAAGAAGGGCUAGUGAUUACUCUAGACCGAGUGAUUAUUACUCUAGACCGAGCGAUUAUUACUCAAGACCGAGCGACUAUUCUAGGCCGAGUGAUGUCUCUCGGUGGGGUUCUUCGGAUGAUGAUAACGGUCCAGGGGAUUCCCCAAGCACGGUGUUGUACUCACCAGGUUCAAAUGCUGGUUCUGCGUCUAACGAGAACGGCUGUAGAAUCCCGUGGAACUCAUCGCAGUAUUGUUUGGUGGCGAGCAAACAAAUGGUUGGUAUCUUUUUAACAAUUUGGGUGAAAAGCGAGUUAAGAGAACACGUCAAGAACAUGAAAGUGUCUUGUGUUGGCAGAGGAUUAAUGGGUUAUCUCGGAAAUAAGGUAAAGAAUCUUGUGCUUCAAGACCGGAUCAAUCUCAAUAAUCGAGUAAUAUGGCUUGGUGAUCUGAAUUACCGGAUAGCUCUCUCUUAUCGAUCCGCGAAAGCACUUGUCGAGAUGCAAAAUUGGAGGGCGUUACUAGAGAACGACCAGUUACGGAUAGAGCAGAAACGAGGCCAUGUGUUUAAAGGAUGGAACGAAGGGAAGAUUUACUUCCCACCAACUUACAAAUACUCAACCAACUCAGAUAGAUAUGCAGGAGGUGAUUUGCACCCAAAGGAGAAACGUCGCACUCCUGCUUGGUGUGAUCGAAUAUUGUGGCAUGGAGAAGGACUGCAUCAGUUAUCUUAUGUAAGAGGGGAGUCACGGUUCUCGGAUCAUAGACCAGUUUAUGGCAUAUUCAGCGCAGAGGUUGAGUCAAAUCACAAGAGAUUAAAACGAAACACGAGUCACUCCAGUUCACGGGUCGAAGCUGAAGAACUCUUACCUUACACCCGAGGAUACACCGAGCUAACUUUUUUCUGAAAGAAACAAACCUUAAAGGAGUUAUCCCCUCAGCUUUUCACGCCUUGAAGAGUGCUGAUGGAGACAUUCCAUUGCUUCGUUUUUAACACAGGAAUCAGACAACAGGGUGUAAAAAGGGUUGUAAUUUUGUCUUGGUUAAACCGAUAUCGCAUAUCGAACCGGUUCUUUUUUUUUCAUGGAUAAGGAGUAUGAAACUGACAGAUGGAAUUUUUUUUAAAUAUAAUUAUCAUUCUUUUUUUAGCUUAGUAUUCAGGGAAUAUUUUUUGCAUAUAAUAUGAGUUGAAGUGUGUUCCCGAGACAAUGAUAGUGUAAUGCUUGUUAUAUAAGGUUAGUCGUUUAAGUGUAACAAAAAGACUAUACAAAAAGAAAAGCAAUUAUUUUAUAUGUGUUCAUUAUCAUUGUUUCCUUGCAAAGAAAAAAGUUAGAAGAAUCAAAAGAUAACGUCUUGUAAUGAUCGUUGUACUGAAAAAGUUAGGGGUUUUUUUAAAACCUCGAAGCUCACUCAUUCUCUG